AUGUAAACACAAGAGACACUUAGAACUGAUUGCUAUUUCAAAGCUUCCUUCUAUAAACCGUUCCGUGUUUUUCUUUGUGUCACAAUAACGCUUCAUAAUGCUAGAUCUUGAGGUAGUUCCAGAGCGUUCAUUGGGCAAUGAACAAUGGGAAUUCGUUCUAGGUAUGCCAUUCUACCAAGCAGUCAGCAUCCUUAGGCGUCAGGACCGUGUGAUUAAAGGUGUACAAGUUUGGUAUAGUCAACAGUAUCCACUACAGAUGGAUCUUGUUCUGAACCUUUCUCAUGAUGGUAUUCGUCUUAUCUUCGAUCCGGUAUCACAGCGACUUAAGAUCAUGGAAGUGAAUAAUAUGAGUAAAGUGAGACUGAAAUAUUGUGGAGUUCAUUUCAAUUCACCUCAAGUUCAGCCUACUAUAGAACAGAUAGACCAAUCCUUUGGAGCUACACAUCCUGGGGUUUACAACUCUGACAAACAGCUGUUUGUUUUGAACUUUAGGGGACUGUCCUUUGAUUUUCCUAUUGAAUCUAAGUUUGAGCCAAAGUAUGCCCAUGGUUUAGGCUCUCUCCAGUUCCCUAACGGGUCUUCGCCUGUUGUGUCUAGGAUGUGUGUAUACACAGGAAACAGUCUCCUAGACACCAAAGCUCCUCCCCUACCAAUAAUUUGUUUCCAAGGCAACUGCUUUGUGGAAUGUGUAGAAGUUCUCCGAGACCAUGGUGUAUCCAAGGGACUUAAAUUUUUACUGCUCACAGAAGGUAAUGGACCAGGGAAGGUUAUCGAUCCAAGGAAGAAAUCAUUAGAACGGAUAGUCUCAUUUGGAGACUCCUGUCAGGAUGUUAUUGGGUCCCUUGGAUGUCCUGGUAAGGUGUUUUACAAGGCUGAGGAUAAGAUGAAGAUACACUCCCCAGAUGCUCACAGAAGACUACGAUCUCGCUGCUCAGACUAUUUCUUCAAUUACUUCACUAUGGGUGUGGACAUCCUAUUUGAUGCCACCACUCAUACAGUGAAGAAAUUUAUCCUUCAUACAAACUUCCCUGGCCAUUACAAUUUUAACAUGUAUUACCGAUGUGAGUUUAAGAUCCCAGUUGCUGUGGAGAUGGUAAAACCCAAACUGGUGCAGACGGAUGACAGUUCAGAAGAGGAGGUGGUCAUCACAGCCUACUCAAAGUGGGAUACAGUCCAGGACUACCUAGUGAGACCUGAGCAACGCCCAGUGAUCCUUAAUCGAUCAUCUUCCACCAACACUAGCAACCCUUUUGGCUCGACCUUCUGUUUUGGGGUACAGGAUAUGAUAUAUGAGGUGAUGCAUAACCAACACAUAGCAUCUGUAACCAUCUACCAAAGUAGAGGAGGGUCUACUAGAGAUGUCGGUUCCUGAGGGGCCAGCAGUGGAUUGAUAGUUAAUGUUUACAGUGUGAUCCAUAUGCACAUUUGUAUACCAGGGCCAGUUGGUGCAUUAUUAGUGUUGGCGUCACCUUGAACAUUGUAUAUGGAUUAACAAGUUCCUAGGGGUAUACAUGGGUCAUCAAGUCCUGUGUGUUCAGGAGUCUGUUUGUUCCUGUUCGUUCUAGGAUCAACCAGUGCUAUUAUGUUCUAGGAAUAGGCGGCUUCUGUGUAUUGUGGGUUCAUCUAGUUCUAUUGUAAGCUAAGAGCAGCCGGACCCUGUAUAUAUUCUGGGGUCAACCAGUUCCUGUGUGUUCUGGGGUCAAUCAUUUUCUGCAUGUUCAUGAGUCAGUCAGUACCUGUUAAAUGAAGAUUUUACAACGGUAUGGACACCCUACGACUGUAAACUGUAAUUCUGACCUACCUGCCUGUGAUAUAACAUUUUAUUUAAAUUUGUAUUAUAGAUGAACAUCCCCAAGUCAGCCAUAUAUGUUCAAUGAAAUGAAAAUUAAUUUUUUGUUAAUAGUUACAGAAUCAUUUAUCUAAAAUUGAAGUGUACAUGUGAUAUAUGAUCUACAGUAUAACUAUAUAUUAUAGAUAGGUGGGAAAGACCAGAAUAACGAUGUGAAAUGUCACCUAACUACUGUUAAUGUUGCAGAAAUAACUACAACUCAGAGCAAACUUUGACUAUACUGAUGACGACAUUCAUUUUUUAGAAAUAUUUAUCUAGUCAGUUCAUGUUUGCAACAUGAUUUAACAUAAUUUCAGAACAAGAACCUCACACAAUUAUCUCCCUUGUGUUCUUGUAAAUAAUAUCCACAAUGCAUUUACAGCACUAAAAUUUAACGAGUAGGAUUUGGUCCAUUACAAUGAUAUUCAGAAUUUGAAAUUUGUUACGCUUUCUUAAAGCAUAUGGUAUCCUAAUUUUGAAACUAGUUGGAGCCCUGUGAUAUUGUGGUGCUAGCUGAAUGCACUUGAGGUAUACCUGUAGGUACAGAAAAGCUCUGACAUAAACGGGUAUCUACUUUGACAAGACCUGGGGACCCUUGCUUCUUUGUAACUCAGUAGUAUACAUGUAGCAGCAUUCAGUUCUCAAACUAUUCUAAAUGAAUUUUAAAAUGUGUAUUGUACCAUCGAACAAUUCAUCAGAACAGGGCACAUUAAGGUUCCGCGUCAAAACUUUUAAAAGAGAUAAAGGACAAUUCUACAUGAUGCUCAGUCUGUCUACCCAACACAAGACAGUUUCUCAGGGAGCUGUGCUGACAUAGUUGUGUCCUCAAACGAAGACAUAACAAACAGUCUAUGAGCCACUUUACUAUCACCAAGACAUGAAUACAACUGUACACAACUGGGUGAUGUGGGUCAACCUAAGGGCAUUACCUGUGAGGAAUAAGAGUCUUAUUGUUAUUAAUGAUAUUGACUGUGAUCUAAAAUAUUCUGCUUUGUAAUGAAGGCCAUAAUGAACUAUUGAUGUUAAGUAGACAAAGUGGCUAUAAUAAUGUAUAGAUAUAUUGAUAUCAUUACUUUCUAGAUGCACAGUAUAUCAACUAUGAACACACUCUUAUGAUUGAAAUCAGAAAAUACAAAGUUUUGUUCCAGAGUUGGAUUUUGCUGAUUUUCCCAAUUCUAAUCAAAUAACAGAGUUAUAUAUUAUUGUAUUUAUUAUAAAUAGCUUGAAUAUUUUAUCUUAUUUUUUUUUUAUUUAUUUACAAUAGUACACUGUACAUACUCAAUUAUUGUAUAAAUUCUUUUUAACUUUUGACUACUUUUUUAUUGUAAAAUUAUGCCAUUCUUCUAUCAAACAUUCUAAAAGAUGGAAAUUUGUGAUUAAAGUAUCGCUGGAAUCAUACCACUAAAAUACAUUUUCUUAAAAACUUGAUGUCAUUGGACUUAUCUAUUUCAAUUAUUUCUUCGGUCUGGAUGAAGGAUUUUGUCCCUGUGCUGUGUAUAACUAUCAGCAAGAGGGUUUAUCCAACUUGUAAGCCUUGUGUGGUAUAUCUUGCCAUCUCUUCAGUGAAUCCUGUGUGUUGCUCCAUUACAAUGUAUUUGAUGAGAUCAUUGAGACAAGUAAAAGUUGUCAAUGUUAUUAAGUUUUGUUCCUCACAAAAAUGCAAUUCUCUUCUAAAAUGGACCUUGUUUAUUCCAAGUAGUGGACUAAAGUCAUUUGUGAACGGUUUUGCUGGUCAGAAAGUUUUCAGUUAUAAAUCCUUUUUCCUUUAUUUGAAACAAGUCAUUCAGCUUUUGGAUAUAGAGGUCCAUUUUGAAGUCUACUAGUACACUGAACAUCCCUGUUGUUGAGCAAGAAAUUAAAAAUAUAACUUUUUUUGUGUCUCGGGCAUUCUUCCGACAUUUUAUUUCUCUAGCAUGAUUAUCCAUGUAUUUACAUAUUUUAACACACUGAACACGUAUCUUGAAUAUCAAGUACAUUAUCAUCAAUUGUCAUUACUAAGUUUGACAAUCUCAUGUGAUUAAAUAUUACUUGCAAUUUAAAGUGUUCUAUAUUUAUAUUUGUGU